AUGAAGGGACGACAUGAUAUUCAAGUUAUGAAGAUUGGCGUGGAUGUCGAGGUUGAUACCGACAGGAUAUAUUCGCAACUACAGGCAUUUUGGGACCUCGAGCAUCUAGGCAUCACGGACCAGUGUUCAACGUCCAGUUCCUACACUGACCCCAUUCUUCAAGAGUUUAGCACUUCAGCAUGCCUACAGAACGGGCGAUAUAUGGUCCGUCUCCCCUGGAACCUGGAGAAGCGUCACAUGCUGGGCGAUAACAAGGUGCUCGCGUUCCGACGGUUGAGUUACACCACCAAGAAGCUGCUACCGGAUCCCAGUCUAAUGGAAGAGUACGACUCUACGAUUCGUCAAUAUCUGCUAAAUGGACAUGCGGAGCGCGCUGUUUCUCGGAUUUUUGAUCCUCUGGGCUACGUGGCGCCGUUCGUCGUUACGGCCAAGAUCUUACUGCAAGGCAUCUGGCUUGCUAAGCUUCAGUGGGACGAUCUCCUUCCUGACAACAUAAGUCCUGAAUCCUGGCCGCCAGGUUGGCGUUCUACAGCCAAUGCUCCAGGAGAUGUCUACUCCGAGGCUAUGACCCCCGACGUUCUCGCAGUGAGACAGUUGAUCAACGAGCCCAUCCUGCAAGUACGAAAGUACAGCUCGUUCUCCAGACUGCUCCGGGUUACGUCAUGGGUGCUACGGUUUGUCCACAACAGCAGGAGCCCUUCUCUCAAGGACAGGGGUAUGCCAAGUUCAGAAGAGAUUAAUGCGGCAGAGCACUAUUGGAUUAGAAAUGCUCAACGUGAGGCUUUUGGGUUGCAGCCUACCACCCACACUUCUCUUCGGAACGCCUCCUUGUUUCACGACGACGAAGGGAUCCUCCGCAUGCAAGGACGUCUCCAGUACGGUGUCUUUCCUGAUGCAGUCAAGCAUCCUAUAGUCUUGCCCUCGAACCACCCUAUCACAGCCAUGAUUAUCAGGCAGACUCACUUACGGUUGUUGCACGCUGGCGUCCAAGGAACACUGACUGACCUACGAGAGGCCUACUGGGUCAUUCGAGGACGGCAAGUGGUAAAGAGGGUGGUGCACGGCUGUCGCGUUUGCAGGCGAGCGAAAGCCCGCGCGUGUACUGAGAUUGCUGGUCCCCUACCUCGGGACCGAAUAUCAGCUGCAGCGCCAUUUGAUGUGACAGGAACCGAUUAUGCUGGGCCACUCUUUUACAGACCAGCCUAUGAAGAGAGCAAUGUUUCAAGAAAAUGUUACAUCCUCAUCUUCACUUGCGCCGUAACUAGGGCAGUUCAUUUAGAGCUCACAGAAUCUAUGACUGCCGAAGACUUUUUGAAGGCCUUCAAGAGAUUUGUAUCGAGGAGAGGUGUGCCAGGAACAGUAUACUCUGAUAAUUUCCGCACCUUCAAGAGUGUGUCCCGUGAACUUUCCGUUGGCCAGCUGUCGCAGGAUCCAGAUGUGAACGGGUUCCUUACGGUACAUCGGAUCAACUGGAAGUUUAUCGUUGAGCGCGCUGCCUGGUGGGGAGGCUUUUGGGAACGCCUAAUAAAAAGCGCCAAGGUGUGUCUACGGAAGAUACUGGGAAAAAGCACCCUAACGUACAGCGAGCUUGCCACUGUUGUCACGGAGGUGGAAGCCGUUCUGAACUCACGGCCCCUGACUUAUGUUUCCGAGGAUCCAGACGAUCUCUCCGUGCUCACGCCUGGUCACUUCCUGGUUGGUAAACGUAUUUCAGCCCUUCCCUACGAGCCUGUAGCCGACGUGCGUUCGACGUCAAACCAGCUGAGGCGACGAUGGAAGUACCGCGAGCGCUUGAUGGAGUCGUUUUGGACUAGAUGGACCAAGGAGUAUAUCCUGUACCUGAGAUCCGCGAACAUACGCAAGCCACUUUCAUCGUGCAGCGUCAAGACAGGGGACAUCGUUCUCAUAGCCAAGGAGAAUGCGCCUCGGGUGUCUUGGCCCCUUGGCCGCGUUGAAAGUACAAGAGAGAGCGCCGAUGGCCGCAUCCGAUCUUGCCAGGUCAGGAUAUCGGGGGGCAAAGUUAUCUGUAGACCAAUUCAACUGCUACACAAGUUAGAGGCAGACGAAGAUUAA